GCCAGCUGUGUGUGUAGUAUCACGGGUGGAUGCCUAUCUCUGGACACGAGUGCUGUGUUGGGUUUCAGCUGGUCGGCACCAGCCACCAAAUGGCGGGCGGUUUAGUAGCUGAAGAGCAGAGUUCAUUCACCGACGCCACCCUACACAUGCAUGUAUACAUGCAACAUGUCUCCUGUACACUCUACCAGACCAAUUGGUCCAUGUUGCAUUUUGGUGGUGGGGUGAUCACUAUGCCGGUUCCUUAACAGUAAUUAGAGGCAGCCAAUCAGUGCGUCCCAACCGAGUAUCUGAGCGUGUGGAGGGCGCUUUGAGGUCC